AUGGACCAGAUCUUCGCCCAGGCUUCUCCAUAUCCUUGGUGUGCAUCUCUGUCAUUGGGUCUUGUACUUCACUUUGCGGAGUCUACGGAUGAUGAGUCGGGAGCUGGGGAAAUGAGCUUUUACGAGGACUUCCAGAAUAGUAGCACGAAUCGCAACAGGCUCAGCAUUGACUUCGCUAUACAAGUGCAACAAGCAAGCUACGAUAAGAGACGAGGUAAUUAUCAUGUCGAAAGCAAUACGAAGUACGAGAUGUCAUCACUCAACAGGCUCCUCGUUCUCAUAUCGGAUCUACCCCGAACUCCCAGCACUGUGGCCUUCAUCAGCCAUGGACCAGGGAAUCCUGCCAGUUCACAACCCCGUUAUUUCCAUCCUAUUUCGGACCUUUGCCGAUUGACUUGGGCGGCCUGGAUUCUGGACCCUACCCGAGCCGUAUCUUCGGAUACCUACGACCUAGCCUUAUAUAUAUAA